AUUUCAGGCGCCAAACCCUAAGUUUUUUCUUCCUUUCCCGUGUACCCAUUUCCCCUAUACUCAUUUCUUCAAUCUUUCUUUCUUUCUCUUCCUGGUCUCUCUCGGUCUAUCUCUCUCGUACUCUCUUGGUCUUUCCCGUAGACCUAUCUCUCUUCUCUUCUCUUUCCACCUUCAUUCUUUCACAGUCACUACCACCUCGACUCGGCAGCUGCCACCACCCUUCCUCCAGCUUCGACUAACUGCUAAUUUAUUCAUUCGCCAAACCCGUUCGAAUAUAGACUUGACCACUUCACAGUGUUUUCUAGCUAAAACAGAAAGAUGGGUGUAAAGAAAUUCGCGAAGAAGGGUUUAGGAGAAAUGGGGUUCAACGCUGGCGGUGGAGUUAUCAAUUGGUUCCCUGGUCACAUGGCCACAGCCUCCCGCGCCAUUCGCGAUCGACUCAAGUAAGCUGACCUUGUCAUUGAGGUCCGCGACGCUCGAAUUCCCCUGUCGUCUGCCAACCAGGACCUUCAAUCUCACCUCUCCGCCAAACGACGCGUUAUUGCUCUCAAUAAGAAGGACCUUGCCAAUCCCAAUAUCAUGCCGAAAUGGGUUCGUCAUUUUGAAUCGUUCCAACAAGAUUGUAUUCCCAUAAAUGCACACAGUAAGACUUCUGUUAGGAAGCUUCUUGAGCUGGUGGAGUUUAAAUUGAAGGAAGCGAUUUUGAAAGAGCCAACUCUGCUUGUUAUGGUUUGUCAGCAGUAUGAAUUCUACAAUAACAAAAAUGUUGGCAGGCCAAUAAAGUUUAAUGCACUAUUGACUACAUAUGAAGUAGUUCUGAAAGAUAAAGUUGUCCUUUCAAAGAUCAAGUGGUGCUAUCUGAUGGUUGAUGAAGCACACAGGUUAAAAAAUAGUGAAGCACAGUUGUAUACAACACUUUCGGAAUUUAGCACCAAGAACAAGUUGCUGAUUACUGGUACUCCAUUACAGAACAGUGUGGAAGAGUUGUGGUAAAUAAUUUCUCUUUUUCACUAACACAGACAUAUAAGAUUUUGUGUGUUCUGCAUUGUUGUUAAUUUGCUAUACAUGCAUGUGAUUACCCAUUUAACAAAACAGUCCAGCUUGUUUGGAGUUUUAUGUUUAGAGCUGAUUAUGGUGCCUGGGAAGUGGGAAGUAUGGGAAUAAUUUUUGUUCUUCUCCCUCCACCAAUUGUGAUUAUGAGCACAUAUACCAAAUCUUUUAGCUGUUGGACGGGUUUAAACUCUGUGCUUAGUAAUUCCUUUAAUGUUUAAAUUUGCAGAAAUAUUGAAUUAUUAAAUUUGAAUUUCUUAUGUUCUAUUUGAUAAUUUUUGGCAUCUUUAAUUAUGUGUGGAGAGGUU